AACCAGUGCUUUUGGAAGCUGCACUUGAGGAAAAUAGUGAACUUGAAGCUCUGAGAGAACUGGAUGGAACCUUUCAAUCUGGUGGUAUUUUGGAGGCGGGAUGCCAGGACGAGCUGGUCGCAAGAUUGUUGAGUGUCUGGCUUCGCUUGAUAUGCCGCGAGAGGAAGCAAACUGGAGGUAUCAUUUUCAAUCCGUCGGCUGGUCCUCAACUUUCUCGAUGA